UCGCGACACUCAUACUGCGACUACAAGUCGGUUGCAGUACAAACUCCCAGGCACGUCGUUGUGCCAGGUCGGCAUUCAGUAGCUUUACUUGUCCUGGGCCGCUGAGUUGCUGCAAGAGUACACAACCCCCAUUUUGUUAUGUACUCUUGGUUGUUGGGAUCGUCGAUCGAAAGCAGCCCCGCACUCGAUCGAGAUCAGACGGAUGCGAUCGGAAUCUAGUCCGGAUCGACAGAAGUCCUAAUUAGUUGAAGAGCCAUCGCUGUUAGUUUGCAGCUCAGUGCCAACCAACGCCUACGAUGAGCGGCACUGGUCCUGAUGGAGAGGGCCAGGGCCAGGGGCAGGAUCCAGCAGCAGCAGAGGCAGAGCGAGGACCGCCCAUCGUCUAUGUUCGCUUCAAUCACGCGCAGUUGACGGUCACUCUAACAAACACGUCGAGCGUGGGCGAUAUCAAGAGACUGGUUGCGGAAGCGCAAGGCGUUGAAGCGGCGGAUAUCAGGCUGAUCUUUGCCGGACGGGAACUACAAGACACCCACACGCUAGCGGACUACGAGGUGGAGACUCAAAGCAUCUUGCAUGCAAUUGCGAAUCAUUCUGGAAUCCACGCGCUACUGCCGCCAACUCCAGGCGCUCCUUCGCUCACAAACGUCGACCUUGCGAGCCCGACCCGGAGUGAAAACACUGCGGUUGAUGGCGGCACGGCAACGGCUGCAGAUAAACCUGAGAAAAGCCCGGCAAAGUUCUAUAUAUACUGCAAGGACCCCAGAUGCAAGGGAGUCGCACAGGGAAAGCUACGAGUUCGCUGUGCAGCAUGUAAAGAUGACGCUUUCUUCCUAUCCCAGGGCCCAUCAUGCUGGGAAGAUGUGAAGGUGAAGGGCAGAAUCAGAGGUCUCUGUGGCCAGCAUUCAUGCAAAGCAGAAGAAGCGGAGUUCUACUUCAAGUGUUCCCGUCACAAGGGAGAAGAUGGCGGAAAUUGCAUUGUCCUCGACCUGCUUCAGUACAAUACGUACAACAUGCCUUGCAUUGUCUGCAUGGAAUCAGAGCAUAAGGUGAUUGUGGUGUUCCCGUGCGAUAACAACCAUGUGAUGUGUUUGGAGUGUUUCAACACGUAUGGCAUCACCAAGCUCAACGACCGCUCUUAUGUCGACCGGCCGCGUGGCUACAGUAUCAGCUGCCCUGCGCCUGGCUGCGACGACUCAUUCAUCGAUGAGAUACAUCAUUUCCACCUUCUGGGAGAGGAGCAGUACGAGCGUUAUCAGAAGUUCGCCAUGGAGGAUUUCGUCCUGAAGAACGGCGGUGUGUCAUGCCCCCAUCCACGAUGUGGCAACCCUAUUGAACUGGAAGGCAAUCAUUCGCGACGCAUUCAGUGUCCAUAUUGCAGACAUGUAUUCUGCAAGACUUGCAAGGGAGCGUUUCACCAGGGCCAGUGCGAUAGGAGAGUCCGAUUCCAGCCAACGGCGGAGGCCAUACAGCGCAGCGAAAUCUCAAUUUCCGAGGAGGCUGCUCAGAACGCUGCGAUGAGUCAGCAGAUAAUCCAGGACACUACCCGGCCCUGUCCCAGAUGCAAUAUAGCCAUUGAGAAGAACGGAGGCUGCAUGCACAUGAAAUGUCGCUGUAACUACGAGUGGUGUUGGCUGUGUCGUACCGAGUGGGGACGCGAAUGCCAGAACAACCACUGGUUUGGCCGAAGGUGAUACUAGUUUCAAGUCUAAUUCUGGCGAGCAAUUAGGUCAUGCCAUCUGAUGAAUGGCAUCAUAGCUCCAUGUCAGCUGCCUGGUGUCCAAUAGACUACCAUUCUUACGCUGUUGAUGGCUAAUCCGUCAAUGGCACGUUGACUAUGUUUUCAAUUUGUCGGUUCGUUUCUUUACCAUUAAA